UAGUGCAUGCUGUUUGUGUUCCUCCCCGGACAAAAAUAAAAGACGUGCAUUUUAAUAACUUAACGAGCUCACGUGCACACCAUGAAAAACUUUAAAAACAACGCGUCUAAAAAGGCAAAGUUCAAGCCAGGAUCGAAGAAGAGGGAGAACAAAUGCAUCGUAACGUUUGACGAGAAAGACAGACAGGAAUUUCUCACCGGCUUCCACAAGCGGAAGGUGGAAAGGAGGAAAGCAGCAGUAGCAGAAAUUCGAAAGAAAAUCAAGGAAGAGCAGAUAAGAGUCAGAGAAGAAAGGCACAAGGAAUACAUAAAGAUGCUGAAGGAGAGGACAGAAGCUCUGGAGGAUGCUGCAGAUGACCUGGAAGAUGUAAUAACCAGUACAACAGAGUCUGUGCAGUACGAUCACCCCAACCACACAGUGACCGUGACGACCAUCAGUGAUCUGGACCUCACGGGAGCUCACCUACUCGAACCCGCGGCGAACCAGGCUAAUGAGGAGAGCGGCGAUGAGGUAGAGGGGAAGAAAGAGGAAGAGAAAGCAGUCGCACUGCCAAAACGAGCUGGGAAUCCCAUACUUAAUAAAAAGAUCCGCUCUCUUACAACACAGCUUAGCACUUAUACCAGCAAGCGGAAGAGGAAAGGGAAGCAGGAAGGCCAAAGCGGACGGGGCCGUCUGACAGACAGGAGACCUGGUGUCACAGAGGGUAGAAACAAAGGUGGGAGGACCAGCAAGCGUCAGAGACGUAGACAGACGGGGAAGAACGUGCAUCACCAAGACUGAAGGAGUGUGCGGGGGGGAAACGUUUGUCAGCUGAACAUAUUGGACUUUGGGGUGUUAAUGCUCCUGUGUUUGACCAGAAUAUGUGUGUGCACAAAGUUGAUGUGGCUGCUCAAAUGUCUGCUUCAUGUUGGACCAUGUGACAAAACCUGCCUUGUGAAAUCUUGUGCUCAGUUUUGUACAUUUUCCAGUUGUUUUGUAGAUUUGUUAACUGUGUACUGACUGUGCUGUAUUUUUACCUCA